CUUCUCACACAUUUAGGAUUUUCAGAGAACUUCACUGGCACGAGCCUUUUCUACCGAACACUGUGAACACUACUUUUGUUUUUUCCAUAGGAAAACACUGGUCAGGUGCUCUGGUCAAGUGAUUUGACUGACAUCAAGGAUUUAUUAGGACUCACUCUGGAAUCUAGAGGCUGAUGAAGAGCAUCUUCUCCUCUUCAGUGUUUUCUGUGGAUUAAAGCACACAGACAGAAAGGAGCACUGAAGAUUUUCAGCUGAAUAUGCCGCGGAGCCCGACGUCCAGCGAGGAAGAGAUGGCCCAGAGUUUCUCUGACUCUUCUCAGGACUGCAGCUCUCACAGUUCCAGAGACGAGGUCGUCUAUGAGACCAUACGAGCAGAACGGCCGGCCAGUCACAUGACGGACACCCAGAGCAGCUCGCUCAGCGUGAGAGUGUUCAUCCCAGACCUGCAGCAGACAAAAUGCAUGAGCUUUAACCCCAGUGCCACUGUGUGGGCUGCUAAACAGCAAAUCCUGUGUACAUUGAGUCAGAAUCUGAAGGAUGUGCUGAACUACGGCCUCUUCCAGCCGUCCAGCGACGGCAGCGAUGGAGAAUUCCUGGAUGAAGAGAGUCUGAUCGGGGAAUAUCCACUGCCAGCCUGCGAGGGCGUCCCGUCACUGGAGUUUCGCUACAAAACCAGAUUGUACAAUCAGCCCAGUGUGGACGAGAAGCAGAUCGCCAGACUUCACACAAAGGCCAGCUUGAGGAAGUUCAUAGAUUACAUCCAACAUCAUCAGCUGGAGAAAUUCUCCAAAAUGCUUGACAGAGGGCUGGACCCCAAUUACCAGGACACGGAAACUGGAGAGACUCCGCUGACCUUUGCUGUCCAGCUGGAGAAUAAGCUGGAGUUUAUUAAAGCUCUGAGGAACGGAGGAGCUCAUCUGGACUUCAGGGCUCAAGACGGCAUGACUGCUCUACACAAAGCUGCUCGCGCUAACAACCAGCCAGCGCUCAAGACGCUACUGGAGCUCGGCGCGUCACCGGACUAUAAAGACAGCCGUGGUUUGACGGCUCUGUAUCACACUGUCAUGGUGGAUGGAGACACACAGUGCUGCGAGCUGCUGCUGAACGAACACGCGUCCGUCUGCUGCCAGGACGAGAACGGCUGGCAUGAGAUCCACCAGGCUUGUCGUCAUGGUCAUGUCCAACACCUUGAGCAUCUGUUGUUUUACGGAGCAGAUAUGAGCGCUCAGAACGCCUCGGGGAACACGGCCCUGCACAUCUGUGCUCUCUACAACCAGGAGAAGUGUGCGCAGAUGCUGCUGGUCAGAGGAGCCGACAAGGAGCUGAAGAACCACAACAGCCAGAGUCCGUUUCAGGUGGCGAUAAUCUCUGGGAACUUCGAGCUGGCGGAGCUCAUCAAGAAGCACAGAGACAGUGAUGUAGUGCCGUUCCACGAGGGCCCGUCGUUCUCCAGACAGCGGCGGCUCCUGCAGAAGAACAGUCUGACGGUGUCGCGGCGGCUGCUGCUGCGCUCCAACAGCGACAACAGUCUGCCGGCGAGAGCCGUGAGCCCCGAGCAGCGGGCCGCGCUCAGCCUGUCCCCGCAGAAGACCCGCGUGAAGAUGAUGACGGGCCGCGGCGGCAGGACCGUCCCGAGCAGCCGCUCCCUGUCCGUCAGCCUGGAGGACGAUCACAGCGCUCAACAGAAAUGUGCUAAUGGCAGAGCGUGUGUCCAGAGCGCCAGGAGGAAGCUGUACAGCGCCGUUCCCGGCCGGCAUUUCGUGGCGGUUCGCUCAUACCUACCUCAAGCUGGCGGAGAAAUCAGCCUCCACAAGAACGAGCGGGUCAGAGUUCUAAGCGUCGGUGAAGGAGGAUACUGGGAAGGCAACUGUCGAGGUCAGGUGGGCUGGUUCCCUGCCAGGUGUUUGGAAGAGAUUCCUGUCAAACCUGACAAAGAGAGACCCAAGAGCAGGAUGGAGCGGAACGACAGGAAGAAGCUCUUCAGACACUUCACUGUGGGCUCGUACGACAGCGCUGACGCGUCCAGUGACUGUGUGACCGAGCAGAAAACUGUGGUUCUACAGAAGCAGGACAACGAAGGCUUCGGGUUUGUGCUGCGAGGAGCUAAAGCCGACACGCCCAUCGAAGAGUUCGUUCCCACGCCUGCGUUCCCGGCGCUGCAGUACCUGGAGUCGGUGGAUGAGGGCGGUGUGGCCUGGCUGAUGGGGCUCCGCACCGGGGACUUCCUCAUCGAGGUCAACCAUCAGAAUGUGGUGAAGAUGGGGCACCGGCAGGUCGUAAACAUGAUUAAACACGGAGGAAAUCGACUCGUCAUUAAAGUGGUGAGGGUGAGCAGGAAUCUUGAGCAAGACGACAAAACCCGUAAAAAAGCACCUCCUCCACCCAAAAGAGCUCCAACAACUGCACUCUCAAUGCGAUCCAAGUCCAUGACAUCCGAACUAGAAGAACAAGAUAAAGUGGACGAGUCUGUGCAGCCGCAGAAGCCUGCGCAUGAAAAAACCUCAGCGGUUGCCACAAUCAAGCCCCGUCCCUCUAGUCGCUUUUUGGCCACAUCCAUGGAUUUUAACCAGUCCACAUCUGAAAGGCCUGGAGUCGCUAUAGUUCCCCCAAAUGUUCCUGUGAGAUCUGGAAGUUGUGUUCGUGUGCCAAAAAGCUCCAUGAGAAGACAAAAAUCCAUUGGAGUCGCAGGAGAAGAAAAGAAGUUCCUGAUACCUCCACAGGUCAAGUUCACCAGAAGUCUCUCUAUGCCUGACACAUCUGAGGAUAUUCCUCCACCUCCAGGCAUCUCUCCUCCAUCCCCACCUUACAACCUCAGUACUCCUAUGACACCAAGAUAUGAGCCAAACCAGUCCAUUUACACACAGAGCUCGACAGGCAGAUGCCACACUAUAGAAAGAGACCAGUUACUGUAUCAUCGGCAGAACUUCGAACAAUAUGACUGUCAGACUUAUCCAGCCAGCCAGCAAAACAUGUGUGUUCAUAACAGGGCCCAUGUGCCAGAGAACCCAUACUCAGACAUAGCUGGAAAAUGUUUGUAUGUCCCACCAAAACCAGCCCGUAGGAAGGGUAUACUGAUAAAGCAGCCAAAUGUUGAGGAUAGCCCUGAGAAAACCUGUUCAAUCCCGAUACCAACCAUUAUUGUCAAAGAGCCUUCAACUAGCAGUAGUGGCAAAAGUAGCCGAGGAAGUAGCAUGGAAAUUGAGACUACCGCCUCUGAGCCACCAGGCCAACUACGACCGGAGGACACUGGAGGUUUCAUAGUGAGCAACCCUUUUGCAGCUGCUAUUGCAGGGGCAGUACGUGACCGCGAGAAGCGGCUUGAAGCACGCAAGAACUCCCCGGCCUUCCUGUCGAUGGAUCUCGGAGAUGAGGAUUCAUUUAUCCCUACCCCCCGUUUACGCCAGUCUAUGUCCAUAGAUGAAGGCAUGUUUGCUCAUGAUAAGAGUUUACAAAAGCUUAUGGCUCCACCGGCUUCUUUAGGGGUCCAGAAAAUUGGAAGUGGAGGCAACAUGUCUGACUUUACCAUCCCCGAUCCAACAACCGAGCCCCUCACAACAAGUACCGGAAACUGCCCCAAUAUAGGCAGUCCCAUCACUCUCAAUGAUGGAGAUUUCCAACCCCAAGCCUCAGGAAAGACUGAUAUUUGUUCGCCCUCAGCUCUGGGUCUAGCUGCUAGUAACAGAGCUCUGAAAGAACAAGUGCAACCCCCUCUUCCUCCACCUAAAGGAGAACAUCACAAAGCAAACCUCAACCAGCCACUCUUCAUAGACACCAAGCUACGGUCCAAUAUUGAAGCCAACUUUGUUGCCACAGCUGCAGUGGGUCAACCAAAAGAUGGUGGAGGUUUGUUUAGGCACACAAGAGAGUCUAAUCAUGACGCAAAGAAGGUGAAGAAAAGUAAUCCAUCUGAGCAGUUGAAGAACACCCAUAGCACAUCACAACAGAAGUCAGAGGGGCUUCUCAUGGUCCACACACUAGAUAAGGCCAAGCCACAAGUGAACAGUCAGUCUGAUGGAUUCGAACAGCAAGAGUCCCUAAUUAUGGACAGGGCAACCAUAGAUUUCAAUGUCAAACUUACAGCCCCCAACUCCCAGCCAAGGACCUCUGCCACAUCCGUGGAGGAGCCUGGCAACUUUUCCUGUAGCAUUCCUCCUCCCCCACUGACCUCAGUAGAUAUUGAUGAGGAGUUUGACAUAGCUGAACCCUUGCCUCCACCUCUGGAGUUUGCCAACAGCAUUGAUGUUCCUGAGGACCAGGUGGCAGAGAUUCUCAAGCAGAAAAAAGGUAAUGCAGCAAGGAGACCCUUGCCUGUUUAUCAUUCUCGUUCUUCUACAACAAACAGUGUGGAGUCCAAGAGUCUUUCAGGGCUUAUAAAUUGCAUGACUCCCCACACCUACCCUCCACCACCUCCAGAGGGUUUUGAGUCUGUUACAGACUCAGGCAUUGAGGAAGUUGAUAGUCGAAACAGUGGGGACCCUCACUUUGAGGCAAACAGCACAAUUUCCACAGUGUCCAGUAUCUCUACUCUUUCAUCAGAGGGAAUUGAGGACACAUGCAUAGCCUAUGCAGACGGGCAGACUCUGCUGGACCGACCGCCUGUUCCACCGAAGCCAAAAAUGAAGCCUGUAAUCAACAAAAGCAAUGCCUUUUACAGGGACCCUUUGAUACUGGAGAGCAUGGAGUCCUAUGGACAGCCACCGCCAGCCCCUCCUCCACCCCUGGAUUGUGUAGCACAAUCUGAGCCUCACAAAACGCUCGCUCAGCGAGGCACUAAACUGUGGGGGGACCCCCAUGAGCUCCCAAACCCCCUCUUACCCAAUGCAGAUCCUAAAAUUAAUGUGAUCAGUGAACUCAGUUCUAAACUUCAUCAGAUGAACAAGGACAGAUUUCCGAAACGGGGAGGGCCUCUCGAACCACCUGCAGGAUCCAGAAGCAUCGGAUCAAGAGAGUGGACGGCCCAAGCCUCAGGUACCAAACGCAGCAGCACAGUGACUUCAUGUGCUGCUACCUCAACAACACAGAGCCACUUGCCGCCUCAGGCUUCCAGUCCAGCCUCGCCUCAUCCUGAAUCUGGUCGCAGCUCUUCUCUGCCGGGCUCUGCCGCCUCCCCUACAUUAACAGAUGUGUUUAGCCUGCCAUCUCCACCCAUUGUGAAUUCAGAGCAAUGCUACAGCCUCAGCUCAGUCAGCAGUCAAUCGCUGUCCCCCCUCACGCUGUUUCAGGCUGCUGCCGACAAGCCCUUUGCUGACAAACCUGUCCUGGUCUGGACCAAGCAUGAUGUAGCCGACUGGCUUGAAAGCCUCAACUUGGCAGAACACAAGAAGGCCUUCUUAGACAAUGAAAUUGAGGGCACCCACCUUCCCAAUCUCCAAAAGGAGGACCUUGUAGACUUGGGUGUCACCCGUGUUGGUCACCGGAUGAACAUUGAAAGGGGUCUCAAACUUCUAAUGGACAGAUAAAGGGGAUAUUCUUCUACUCUGCAUCCCACUCGGUACGAUGCUGGGCAUGGAUAUCGACUCAAUCAAUCCCUCGUUUUCGCUAACAUUUAUCAGUCUAGCUGUGCUGCAUCUCCUGUUGGAAGUUGUGGGAUGAUGUUGUGGUCAGAGUAAGAAUAAGUACCAAGGAACACGCAGAACUGCACUCGGGAACAAGUCUCGUUCUUAUGAUCAGAAGCUUCAUUGUAAUGUCAGGAGCUUGUCUCACGGGGACAUCUCUAACCAGCAGAGCUGGGAGGUCCUUUUUUACCUUUGAUACAGGAAUAUUUCAUUUCACAUGUCUGUAAGCGCACUGUUGUUUUGUCCUUAUAAAGUGAGGCUAGCUGAGUACAUUGGAUUCACUCAGGCUUGAACAUGAACGUAUUCAUACCCUAAACAAAUGUUGGGUACAUCCACACAUUCAGGACAAGUGCAUUGCGAACCUUUGUUUGUGAUGCUUCUUGUUUUCAAUGAGAUUGCACGAGGACAAGAGUCACAUACAGCCUCAUCUUCUAUGUUGUCUGAUUCCGAUGGCAAAAAUGAAUGCUACAGAAUACACGUAAGCUUUCCCGAACACCUUUUUCAGCAUUCUUUUGGCUCACCUAUUUCUUUUAGGUAAUUUUGCGGUUUGAAGGUUGAUAUCAAACUGUUCAUAGGAUGUGAAGACCUGUUGCAGAUUGAACAAGAGAAUAAAAAAAAAAGAACUAAAUUUUGAAAUGACAGCCUUGUGCUAUAGUUAUCAGGCCUAAUUAUUGUGCUUAUGGUCUGCUAUGGAUCACAGAACAUCUAUAAUACUGCUGCUGCACAUUAAAGUAGCGACAGGGACUUUUUAUUUCGUAUUGUGGUUCAAUCCAUUGGUUAUUGGUUGGAUGGAGGCGGAUCUAAAUACAAGGUUGCGGUCGAUUAUAUGUGAUGGGGUUUAAGUGCACCAGAUGAUUGAAGUCCUGUAUACGUAACCAGAGAGAAGCUGUGAUUAAAAAUUAUAGUCAAAAAAUGUUAAAAAAUUAAAUGUAUGCAUGUAUGAACAACACACAUUUAGAAAGUAGAUCGGCAUGAAGUAUAAACUCACCCUGCUUUAAUAUGAGUUGCAGUUUUGGAGAGAUUCCAUAAAUGAGUUUACAGAGGAUGUAUUAACACAGUUUUUGUUAUUAUAAAACUUGGAAUCAUGUUUCUUAAUAUAAUAAUUAUGUUAGCCAACAUGCAGUAUACAUAUGCAAAUUGAUUGUGUGAGAUUACUUUUUUAUUCUUAUUUUGAUUCUGUUUGUGCCACUCAUUGCAGUAUCGAUAGUGGUAAGGUCUCAAAAGAGAAGCGAUAUCUGCCGUCACCUGCUGCUGAGAUCUGAGUAUGAGUGAAUAUAAAACAAUAUUUUUCAAAUGUGGGCCAGAAUUUUAAAAUUGCAAGCCUUUCUUGAACAAAGGUUUGCCUAUAUACUGCUGCUACUGUGAAAAAAUAAUUUUUAUAAAAUAGAUCCUCUUUAGAUAGCAUACAAUAGAGUAAGAGAGUAUUUUGGAUUUAUAUAAUUAUAUUGCCUUUUAUAAUGCUGUUUCAAUGGUGUUGUUCCCACUGACUGUGGUUUGCCAAAAAAAAAAAAGUGAAAUGUUUGAAUAAAAUGGGUAUAUUUGUUAGAUAUUUAAUAUAGCAAAUCCAAAAUGCAAUAUAUUUAUACUACGAAUAACAGACUGUAUAUAUUUAGAUAAUGUACCCUGCCACAUCAUAAAACAAGCACAAUAUUCACCUUAUAAAAUAUCUAUGGAAUUGUCAGUGUCCUGUUUAGCUAUGAUUUUUCCCUUCGACUUCAACCUAAUUUGCUCUACUACAUGUAAAGACUUGUGUUCACAUCGUUAAUGUUGCUGUAAGACCUUUUAAAAUGGAAGUAGUAACUCAUUACAAUGACCAAGAAAACGUAUUGUAGGAUUUGUGGGAUGAGUGCAGUUGUAUGGCAACUAAAUCUGAAAGAAAUAAAUAUUACUCUAAUUGA